AGAUGAUCGACGCUUCUUAUCAUACAAAUCCAUCGCUGCAAAGCACUGCCCUGAUUAUCACCUGCGCGGUGGUUUUACUACUGAUGGCCGCGAUCGUGUCCGUCGUCUUCUGGAAACACAAGCGGAAAGUGCAAAACCUGCUGCCGUGCAAGAGCGCAGCGGGCGCGGCGGCAGUCGCCGGACGGGGCCGCGUGCUGCCGGAUGGCCAACCGCAUUCGGGCCCCGGCAUCGGCGGCGGCGGCGGCGGCGGCGGCGGCGGCGCCGUUCUCUACGAGGAUCUACCGGAUCACGCGGUGUCGCACUCGCAGCUGCACAACCACCUGCCGGGGGGCCACGGCCAGGCGCCGACGAUCGAGAUGUUGGACGUCAAGGAGGGCGGGAGAGGGGUGUUCGUCUGCAGCAGCCCCGGUCCUGAUCCUUACACAUCGCAGGACCUCUAUAAUCCUGUCUACGAGGAGCUCAGCAACGGGGACCAUCCGGAGACGGACGAGGAGAGCGAGCUGAACGCCCGCAAUCGUCUACAUCAUCAUCACCAUCAUCAUCGUCAUCAUCACCGUACGUCCAACGCAUCCAAACCAGCGAGCGAGGAUGAAUUCGCCGAGGAUGAGCUGUCGGUGGGAGAGCCGUCCGAGGCGAGGAUGCUCACCUCGAGCGGCGCUCCUGCCUGGGGCACGUGUCCCGCUGGUGGCAGGCAACCACGUGAGCGACGCGGCCGCAGCCCCAGGAGUCUCGACCGACGUAGACGGGACAAAAAUCACGAUGUGGGCGAGUUCCACGAGGGCAUGCUGCUGGACGCGCUGCUUCAACUCUAUCCUAGCGUCGCGGGCGUGGCCGGUGCCCGAACAGGCAACAGCAUCGCUCAACGUCAACAAUCCGUCCCGUCGGUGGCGCACAGGUUACCAUAUUUCGUGCCACCUUUGCCGGCCGCACAGGCCCCACGGCUCGAGGAGAAUCCGUACGAGAGUGUGCCGGUGUUGGGCCCGUUGCAUCGCUACUCUAGCCAGAACAGGAGUGGCAAGGACCGCUCAUCCCGCAGCAUCAAAUCGUCCGGUAGCGACAAAUACAAGUACCUGUCGUCGUCACAGCAACAACAGCAACAGUACGGCGGCGAUUAUUACGGCUUGCAGAGUCAAUCCGAUGUCACGACGCCACUCUAUACUCAGGUGGGCGGCGAAUACUCGGACACGUACUCGCAGCCGACCGAUCGACUCUUUGGUGACGACAAGUACAGCCAACCGGUGUAUUAUACCACUAACUCGACCCGGGACCCGGCGUGCGAUCAGGUGACCACCGCUGGCAGACUGUACCAGGGUCAACCUGACAGCAGCUUUGGCAGCGACAGUGGUUACAGCCAUCACACUUCCGGCACCACCGGUACCAGCGGCACUCGCGGCAGUAACUCCCGGACGAAUCAUCGCAGGGACAAACAUCGAAACUCCCAUCACUCGCAUCACUCCGCGGACUACAUUAUGUCCUAAUGGAAGACCGAUCGUGUUCUCUUCGAAAUA